AUGGCACAAUAUUUUCCAGAGGAAAUCAUUCGCGAAAUUCUCUUGAAACUACCCGUGAAAUCCCUCUCGAGAUUCAACUGCGUCAACAAAGAAUGGUGCUCCAUCAUCGAAAACCCUACCUUUGCUUCCGAUCACCUCGCCCACAUAAACCGUUCCGAUAACAACAGCACCGGCCGUCUUCUCGCUUUAAAGGUUUCCGACGAGACUUAUUGCCCUUCCAAAAACACCACAACCAUCAUCACUGCCUGCCUUGCCAAACAAGAAACAGAACAAGCAUGCCAGUAUAACGUCAAAUCAUUCGAUGAAUACACCUACUUGAGUUUCUCACACAAAAGCUCGAUUUCUUUUUCUUUUGAGGUUGUCGGUUCCUGCAAUGGGUUGGUUUUGUUAAGGUGUUUGUCCGACACCCUUAUUCUGUGGAACCCAUUGCUUGAAAAAUCUGUGACCCUUCCUCAACCCUGCGCCUACGAGACAGGUUACGUCGAUGUUCACCCGCAUUCUACUUCCUGGGGAUUUGGGUUUGAUUCAUGGACAAACGACUGCAAAGUAGUAAAAAUUGAUUCUCAGGUUCAGAUUUUCUCACUCGCUACGGGCUCUUGGAAAAGCAGUAGAGUCGGCGCUCCUCCUGCGUGUAGUUUAAGUAACCGUGGUCCGCAACCUUUUAUCAAUGGGGCUAUUCAUUGGCUUGCUUCAAUCAGGAUUGGCAAUGAUGCUAAUCAAAUGAUCAAGUAUCAACGACUUUCGAUCUUGUCGUUUGAUGUAAGUAAUGAGAUAUUUCGUGAGAUAAUGCUACCGAAAACGCUGUCUAUUCAUAGCCCACAAUUCUGUUCUAUCACAGAAUACGGAAAAUCACUUGCGUUGUGUGUUGGAGAAAUUUGGUUUAAUUCUUUGUGGGUGAUGAAAGAAUAUCGUGCAGCAGAGUCAUGGACCCAAGUUUUAAAUCAUAACACACUAGUAGGCUUACCAAAACCAUUGGGUUUUAGUUCGAGCGGCGCGGCACUGUUGAAAACUUCAUAUGAUCCUAAGUGCACAAAAAUUAAAACAGAGAAUGCACGUAAGGGAGCCUAUUGCUUUGCUGGUUCUUAUGUGGAGAGCCUCGUUUUGCUCAACCAACCAAAGUUUUCAAGAAAACGACCAAGAAGAGGAGAAUAG